AUGUCAGACUACUAUGACCGUCAAGGAGGAGACCCUCGCGAGUAUGGCGGUGGUGGCCGUGGUGGCGGCGACAACUACUACGACCAGGGCCAACGCUUUGACGACAACGGGCAAGGCGGCGGUCGUCGAGAUGACUAUGGCGAACGACGCCAGCAAGGAGGUUACGGAGGAGGAGAUGGGUAUGGCCAACAAGGAGGACGCGGUGGAGGCGACGGCUAUGGAGGUGGUGGCAUGAGCGGAGGUUACGGAGAUGAACCACCUCGCCAUCAUGGUCGUCAAGAAGAAGGUCAUCACAGACGCCGCGACGACGAAGGCUAUGGUGGCAAUUCUGGCGGAGGUGGAGGUUACGGGGGCGAUGGCGGCUAUGGAGGGUCCUCGGGCGGAGGCGGAGGCGGAGGAUAUGGAGGCGAUGGUGGCUAUGGAAGACCCUCGGGAGGAGGGUAUGGAGGAGGCGGAUCUGCCGACUACGACCAAGACGAAGUGAUGCGACACAGCCAGCAACACGGCAAUCCCCAAGACUCGGGUAUGUUUUCUCAGGCCAUGUCCUUCCUCAACCAAAACAAGCACAGUGCCCAAUCCGAGGACGUGGACGAGGGUCGCAUGCAGCAAAGUCAUCAGAUGCUGUACCAGCAAGAGGGUGGUGGCCAGCAGCACGAUGCUUCUAGCUUGGGCGCCGGAGCUGCAAUGCAAGCAUUGAAGAUGUUCUCUGGAUCUGGUGGAUCUGGUGGAGGCGGAUCGCAGUCUCAAAUGAUCUCUAUGGCCAUGCAAGAAGCCUCCAAAUUGUUCGACAAGCAGAGCAGCAUGGGCAACGUCCAGGGCGGCACAGACAAGCAAUCGGCGAUCAACAUGGCUGCAAAGAUGGCGAUGCAGAUGUAUAUGAAGGGCCAAGGCGGAGGUAGCGGCGGUGCCUCUGGGCUGAUGAGCCUUGCCAGCAAGUUCUUCUCUUGA